GGGGGAAGUUGCGAGAGCGGCGCGACCAUGGCCACGGCGCCGGCGGGCCCCGCUCCCGGCCCCGGCCCGUCGCCGCUCGACCUCCACGCCGUGCCCAUGGUGGCUCUGAACUACGGCGUGCGGCGCCGCCUCGGCCUCUACCUCAACCCGCGGGCGGCGGCGGCCGCCGACUGGACGGCGCUGGCGGAGGCGCUGGGCUGCGAGUACCUGGAGAUCCGGGCGCUGGAGGCGCAGCCCGACCCCACGGGCGCGCUGCUGGAGGCCUGGCAGGGCCGCUGCCCCGGCGGCGCCACCGUCGGCCGCCUCCUCGACCUCCUGCGCCGCCUCGGUCGCGACGACGUCCUGCUCGACCUGGCCGGCAGCGUGGAGGAGGACUGUAAGAAGUACUUGCAGAGGAAGCAGGAGCAGGCCAACCAGCCGCUGCAGGUGCCGGCUGUGGACAGCAGCGUGCCCAGGACCUCAGAGCUAAUGGGCAUCACCACCAGAGAUGAUCCCUAUGGGAGUGGAACAGAGAUGUUUGAUGCCUUCAUCUGCUACUGUCAGAAAGACCUUCAUUUUGUUCAGGAGAUGAUCAGGGAGCUGGAACAAACUGAGUUCAAGCUGAAGCUCUGUGUGUUUGAUCGGGACGUCUUGCCAGGAACGUGUGUGUGGUCCAUCAGCGGAGAGCUUAUAGAGAGGAGGUGUCGGAGGAUGGUGGUUGUCAUUUCAGACGAUUACCUGGAAAGUGAUGAAUGUGAUUUUCAGACCAAAUUCGCUCUUAGCCUUUCCCCAGGGGCUCGUCUCAAACGGCUGAUUCCAGUCAAGUGCAAAACCAUGAAGAACGAGUUUCCGAGUAUCUUACGGUUCAUCACAAUUUGUGAUUACACCAAUCCUUGCACCAAGAAAUGGUUCUGGACCAGACUGGCAAAAUCCCUCCUGCUGCCAUGAGGCAGAGUCAGGAUUGCGGCGUGCUCUCCUGUGACCUGUCUCGGCUGUGCCUUUGCACCGUGGUGUCCUUCACGCAGGCUCUGGAUCCAGAACCUGGAUCCUGGCAGUUGGUGUUUGGAACCCGCAAC